CCACCACAGCCAGAGAACCCUCGCCGCUGGCAAAAAUGGAGAUGAGCAGCCAUCAAGUCGAUUCGCUCACCUCUGCUGCUAGUGGUCUCAUCAUUUCAGGCUUCCGCGGCGUUAAAAGAUCAAGCUUUCUCCGUGAAUCCGCGCUCCGCAUGUUCCUGCACUUCCUUCAAUCAAUUUUCCUCUGGUUUCUUAUUCUUCUUCCUCUCCGCUGGGUGCGUAGCUCUUUAUUGGCUGUUCAGGCUUGGUCUUUGCUUAGGCGAAGGGACGGGGAGUUUAAAAAAGGAGAGAGGUGGUCGGCGGUGGAGGAAGAAGAUGCAAAGCGGAGGAGAGCGUUGGCUGAGAGAGUGGAGAUGGGGUUUUCUUCGGAAGGGAAAUGGGGGAAAGGAGAGAACGGAAGGUUACAAUGUGAAAGUUUUGUGCUUUAUGGAACGAUGAGGAAUGAACUCUUCUGUCGCUCGUGGUUGCCUGCGGAUGGAAAAAUGAAGGCUAUUUUGGUGAUCAUGCAUGGUCUUAAUGAGCACAGUGGAAGAUAUGUGCAUUUUGCAUCACAAUUGACAGCAUCCAACUUUGGAGUAUAUGCAAUGGACUGGAUAGGUCACGGCGGCAGUGAUGGGUUGCAUGGUUUUGUACCUUCGUUAGACUGGGUAGUUGCUGACACUGAAAUAUUCCUGGAAAAGAUCAGGUCAGAAAAUCCUGGUGUUCCUUGUUUUCUUUUUGGUCACUCAACAGGCGGUGCAGUGGUUUUGAAGGCAGCUUUAUUUUCUCACAUGGAAUCAAUGUUGGAAGGAAUUAUACUAACAUCACCUGCAUUGCGAGUUAAACCACCACAUGCAUUUCUUCUGGCUGUGGCUCCACUGUUGUCUCUUGUUCUUCCAAAGUAUCAACUUAGGGAGGGGAAUGAGGUUGACAUUCCUGUUUCAAGAGAUCUUUCCGCAAUGCAGGCCAAAUACUCAGACCCACUUGUCUACACUGGUCCCAUACGGGUUCGAACCGGCUACGAAAUCUUGCGCAUAUCAUCCUACCUGAUGCAAAAUCUCAGAUCAGUCACGAUUCCUUUCCUGGUUCUCCAUGGAACUGCGGAUAAGGUAACUGAUCCUUUGGCUUCUAAAGAUUUAUAUAAUGAGGCUGCAUCGAAGCACAAGAGCAUCAAGCUUUAUGAUGGAUUUUUACAUGACCUUUUAUUUGAGCUGGAGCGAGAUGAGAUUGGUGCACACAUAAUUAACUGGAUGGAGGGCAGACUGCAGCAGCAAAGAUCCUGAAGGGGAUUGUCUGUAGGUACAACGCUUUAGUGCAGGAAGAUUUCUUACUUUUUAACCAAUUUUUUGAAUGGAUUUGUACAUCUGUAAAAAAUUCAUAGUUGGA